AUGGCCGAACACAAACUCGCUUACGUAGAACGUUAUGUCAAAUUUGGACACGAACAUGGUUAAAAUAAAUUAAAAUAAUAUAGGUACGAACUUUGCAAUAUAUCCAAAGUUCUCCCACAAUGUUUUGGAAUACGAGUCAGGAUGCAUCCCACUCACACCAAACUCCUUACAGACAGGUUAUAUUUUAAUGAGACAACUCAAACGGAAGGUGAAUGGUGACUACGUCAUAAUGACGAUAAUCUUUUCAGUGUGUUCAAAAUAGACAACUGGUCGUCUUUUAACUAUUUUAUAUGCAUUCCACUCACCUCAACCUAUGUCAAAAACAUCAGAGAUAGAUAUACAACUCACUCUUUUAUUCAGAUUUUUUAGGCUUGAUGACUUGAAAGCGAGCUGGCUAAAGCCCCAGUCUUAUUUCUGAGAAUUAAAAUCAGCAUAUAACUUGUCAUCCUAGGUUAACUUGAAGAGGUUUCCUCUCUUAACUGCAGAAGAGGAAGUGGUAAGCCAUGAACACUACUAAGAGGAGAGGGGAGGGGUUGAUGGGAUAUGAGAUACGACGUGAAAUGGUCAGUUUUCUGUAAAAGAAAGAAAAGAUUAUAGCAGAGUUUGAAAUAUUCUCUCUUUGCGUGCAGCGUGUAAAAUUUUUAAAAGGUAACCGACCUUGCACAUCCUACACAACUCAAUAAAUGAAUUCUCAUCCUCUUGAAAUUUGUUAAAAGAUCUGUAUCGCGAGUUCAAAGCUACCUUAAAUUGUUCAUAAUUUUAGACAGCUCUAAGUCUAUUAUGCAUCAGAGUUUUAUUUGUAAUGAUAAAACUAAUAUCAUCGCAAACGCCCCCACAGCGGAAUGUUAUUGCUUUUCGCCCUCUUCCUUUUUUCAAGCAAUUGCUACGGUCGUCUUACAUAUGAAAUAUGAAGAAAAACGGAGGAACGAGAUGACAAGUCUUCUUCCCCCGCACAUUACAUGUAUAUUGCAUCUUUAGAUUAGAAACCAAGCAACCGUGUGACAUGAUUUGCAUCUAACUAGCUGCCGGAUGGGUUGGUAAAUUUGGAUUAGAACGUCGGCUCAAGACAAAUAUUUCGCCUCUUCCCUCGAUAGCGAAUGUAUUCUAAACUGUGUCAGUCUUCAAAGGGGCUCCACUUCCAGUAAAAGAGAAAAAGAGAGAUAGAGGGAGAGAAAAAAAAAAAAAAAGAUCAUUUCAUAGAGUGUCUCGUGGCGUUGUCAACAAAUAAUGAAGGGAUAGAAUUAUUGUAAUUAAGCUCUCGAUCGUUAAUGUUAUUUUGUUACAAACAUGAUUACGAACACAUUCAUUAAAACUCAGUAACCGCACAUUACGGUUCUUGAAAACCAAAUGCAUCGUCUUCUCACUGCGUUUUGUUUUGAGGAAUUUGGACCUUUUUCCAGGUGAAUAAACUUGUAAAAAAAGGAGAGUCCCAACUGCCCUAUUACGCAAGAAUUUUUUUACCGUAUGAAUUUGUACCACUUGACCUAAAAAAUAGCCCACGACUUACCAUACCGAUUCUAAUCUUUACGUAAGAGAUAUCCAACACAUCUUGUCCAGGACGUAAAGAACAAUUUUUUUAACGAAAAAUCCCCUCGAAACCCACGAAAAUAUUGACACGGUUACGUCACAGUUCGAAAGCCUCGUUCAAAUUAUUUGUCGUUUUAAUAAUUUUUUUCGCUAUAAAUAAACGACGAGUAAACAUCACACCAUGACAGUUGUCUCUUUUUGGUGACUUAAAUAUACUUAUGAAUAAUUUGUUUACCACAGAAAAACUUCGUUUGAUGAAACGUGUUCAUGAGACCGUCCGUGCUUCAUUUUGCUUCUCAAGAAAGAAACGAAUUUUUCUUUGCCGACUUUCGUUACGUGGGCACUUUUUAUAGAACUAAAGUGUAAGUCUGAGGAACUUGCCUCGUAAAUUUCUAAAUACUUGUUGAUACCAUCGUAGUAAGGAUCGAUUAAUAAUUCUAAUUUUGUCUUCUCUAGGUUAUUUCAGGCUUAAAUUAAUCACAUCUAACUCCAUUGCAAUGGUUAUUUACCGCAUGUACGUGAAUAGUUGACGUUAUCAAAAGCAUGUGCUGGCCGAGUAAAUCAAUUUUCUAAUCAGUUUCACCAACUUACCUACGAAAAUCAUAUUGAAUGUUCAAUUCAUUCAUUUUUGAGGUCGCUCAGUAGGGAGAAAGGAUCAUUUUGUUUACAGUUCUUGAUCGCCGAACCUUUAAAACGCCCAGAAUAAAUUUAAUAGUUUUUUUGUUAAAAAAAUGAGAAGUUUUUGUUCAACGAAAGAUCCUUACGAGAGGACGGAUAAUUUUCUAUAAGAAAACAUAUGAUGUAUUAGUUACACGGGAUAAAUCAAGUACUUUAACGUGUUGAAUAAUUUAGAAAUUAAGUUGUCUAACGACUCUACCAUAAAAAAAGAAAUAAAGAGAUGCCUUCAAACAGAGCCUGUUUUUGGUGUUUGCAGACGUCUUGGAAAAGAAAUGCUCUUCCGAAAUGUCUGCAAAGACCAAAAUCAGGCUCUGUAAUAAAGGAUCUCUUUAUUCCUUUUGUUGAAUAAUGUUGCGAUUUACCAGUAACACUCGUCUAAGAUUCGUAAGAUUCGUAAAGCUUUUUUGCUCUCCUACUGUGAAAAGGUGGUUGAUUCCUCCAAAAAAUGAAGAAACGACCAAAUUGGCCGGGCCUAACUUGUACCGGCAUUAUAUUCUACCACUUUUAUUGCAUUUGAAGAAAAUUUGGCAUCUUUUUCCUUUACCGUACGCAAGAAAGAGCUUUUUCCUUUGAUAGAAAUAUCAUUUUUUUUAUCAAAGAACUUGUUGCUUUUAAGCAAACGUGUCGCCAGUAACGUCAAGUUUGUGUCUAAAUUUAUCACCUGAACCUUUGAAAAUUAAUUUCGAGCGUGUGCAUUUAUAUAUAUACGAGGCUAUAUAUUUGGCGAGAAUAUACUUCUGUAGAACGGCACCAUCGUCAAAUCUAUUUAUUUACUUUUUCGUUUUCUUUCUUGCUUUAUUUUUUUUUUAUAGAAAACACAGCAAGUAAAACAUCGACUUUGCUCUUUCACCUGGAAAAUUCAAUUAGUGGCGACCUUAUCAUUAUUGUUCGGGCUGUUGGAACUUAUUUGCAUAGCUGUCAACAAACUACAUAUUCCGCGACUUCUGAGGUAAGUCAU